AUGCGUGUUAAACCCUACCUGUGUUUCGGUCACUAUAGGCUAUAUAUAGCCUGCAGCGUCAUUACAAAACCGAAGUUCAAGCACCAGGACAAGUUGACUGACGAAGGUCGGAUUGGACGUGAUGUAGCGGACAAGGACCUAAACGGGCAGUUUGAGCGCCUAGGAUUCCGAUUUUACAACCGCGAUGAUAUCAGGCUGCUAUCGGUUCGACAGGUGACUAAUGAAUUAGCGUUCGACAAAUUUACGGGUCGUGGAGUUGAUGGGGGCCUACACGAUGCAUCCAUGGGUACAGCACCAUUCCCUGAAAAGGACUUGUGCGGGCACUGUGGACUAGACUUUUUCGCAUGCCCGGGACAUUUUGGGCAUAUUGAAUUUUCAAAGCCAGUGUUCAACCCACUGUUUUUUGACCUGCUGUUCAAGCUCAUGAAAGCCUUCUGCUUUGGGUGUUUUCGUAUAUAUAGUGUAGAUUACCUGGCAGCCGCAUUGCACCACUUGGGUGCUGCAGGUAGGCUUGAAAUUACUUUUUAUCCAUCUUCUCGGAAUCCAGCCUCUACUCUCCCUGGUAAACCGAAGCAAACUGAGUUAGCCGAGCUCGAAGGCCUGUCCGAGACCGAACUAACGAAGAUUGCCCUUCGCUCUUUGUCAUCCAGACCGCGUGUCCCGUGCAAACUGUGCUGUACGCGUUCAUGGGUCUUACGACAUAUUAACAAACAACAGCUAGUGAUGCGCCCGGUGUCGGAGAACGCGCGUAGUAGAUCAACUGCGUCUGAGAUGAAAAUGAAUGAAGAAGAGGAAUCGAUUGAAGAUUUCCUAGCGUCAGCUGCUGUGCAGGAUCCACGGUUGGCUCCUACCCUUGCUGCUCUGGCGGAUGGUGAAGAUCGAUCUUUUUUUGUAGAGCCGAUGGAGCGGAAAACUUGUUCCGAUGUGAACCCGUCUCAGGAGCAACUUUUAGAGGAGGCUCGAAAGCAAUUGAAUGAAAUGUCAAAAAGUUCCGUGAAUUCAAAGGAAACAUGCUUGUUACCAGAAACGGCUCGUCUAUUUCUCAGAUGCCUGUGGACCAACGACGCCAGUCUUCUUCGCUUGUUGUUUCCCAUGCUAAAUUCUGCAGCGAUCUCGCACGAGUUCGCGACAGACGUCUUCUUUAUGGAUGCCGUUCUCCUUUCACCUUCCAUCUGUCGACUCCCCCGUUAUGUUGGUGGUCUGGCUUUCGAACAUCCCGAAACCGCUGUCUACUCACGUGUGGUUCGACGCGCUCAGUGUUUAUCACAUAUCGUUGACUUCAUCGAACAGCGGCAACAACAGGCGCAGUUAGAACAGACUGAUAGGGAGAAUGCGUUUCAACAGUCGUUAGCUGAUCUAUCCACUGAUCCAGACGCCUCACUGGUUAAUCUGGACGAUACAACGCGGAUCGAGGGUGCAUUGAAACUGGCCUGUAUCCUCUUACAAGCUGCUGUUAAUGGACUUUAUGACAUGAAUGCGGCCACCAUUCCAACCGGCUUGGAUAGCAAAGUGGGUGGCUUAGGUAAAUCGGUCGUCCGGUUGCCCGGGCUGCGGCAGCGACUGGAGAAAAAGGAAGGUCUCUUUCGGAUGCAUAUCAUGGGCAAACGAGUCAACUAUGCUUGUCGAUCUGUCAUCAGUCCCGAUCCAAUUCUUGAUGUAACCGAAGUUGGCGUGCCGCUGUUUUUCGCCACCCGCUUGACUUUCCCCACUCCCGUGAACAUGCAUAACUUGGCCCAAAUGCGCCAGCUCGUUUCCAACGGACCGGAGAUUUAUCCGGGAGCACGAAGCGUACAAACCCCAGAAGGGCAACUUAUCCACCUACCUCGCGGGAACACGGCUCAGGCGAAACGUAGGCGCGAGACUCUUGCUGGCUGCCUCAUCCCAGUGUCUUCCACGUCAACAGGAAUCCCGUUUGUUGUCAAUCGGCACGUACUGCAAGGUGACAUGCUGGUCAUGAACCGUCAGCCGACACUGCAUAAACCAUCGAUGCAGGCCCAUCGCGUACGUAUAAUUCAUUCCACUGCUGCCAAAACACUUCGUAUGCACUACUCUAAUUGCCGAGCCUAUAAUGCAGAUUUCGAUGGGGACGAGAUGAACGGUCAUUUGGUUCAGAGCUACACUGCACUAGCAGAACUGGAAUCCUUAGCCUCUGUACCUUCUCAUUAUUUGGGCCCGAAGGAUGGCGCUCCGUUAGCUGGGCUUAUUCAAGACCACGUGAUUGCCGCAGUCAAGCUCACCAUGCGUGACCGUUUUUUCGAUCAAUCCGACUAUUUAGAUUUGGUGUAUCAUGCAUUGCGUUCGGUGUUUGAUGCGGCGAAGUACACUUGCUCUGGACCCCCCACAUUGGUUACCCUCCCACCGGCAGUCAUGUGGCCGAAGCGGUUGUGGACUGGGAAGCAAGUCGUUUCUACUCUUCUAAUUAACUUAACUCCGCCAGAUCUUCCAUACAUCAACUGCACUCUACGUGGUCGUCGUACCAAAGCCGAACUGUGGUCUGGAGUCGCCCCCGGACAAGCUACGCCCUUAUCCGAUGUGGACGUUGUGGUUUGUGAUGGCUAUUUGGUGUCUGGAAUGUUGGACAAAGCUCAUAUCGGCUCUUCCAGUGGUGGCCUCAUUCAUUGUGUGCAUGAACUACACGGGCCCAAAACUGCAGCACACCUACUCAACGGGAUCAGUCUAUUAGCCAAUCGUCUGCUUAAAUUCACCGCUUUUACAAUGGGAAUCAAAGAUAUGCUGCUGUCCGAUGAUGCGAAUGAAGAGCGUUCACGCAGGUUUGUCCAAUUGCGUGAUUUGGGACUUUGUGCAUUCGCCGAUGCGUUUGAAUUGGAUCCAAACAGUUUGACCGAACACGAAGUCCGUCGACUAUAUCGCCAAGCACAGUUUGCUCCGAGUACCGAUCAGGUGUUGAGCAAGCGGAUACUGCAACUGGAUAAUGCUAUGAAGAAUCGAUUAAAGCGUGCACAAGACGCUGUUUGCGACUCAGCCAUCCCCUCGGGUCUGUACGUCGGUUUCCCUGAGAACAAUUUGCAGUUAAUGGUGCAUGUCGGUGCCAAAGGUGGCAUGGUCAACGCUCAACAAAUGUCUGUGGCUCUUGGUCAAAUUGAAUUGGAGGGUCGCCGCGUGCCUUUAAUGCUCAGUGGUCGCAGUCUGCCGUCUUUUCCACCAUAUGAUGUACGACCCCGAGCAGGUGGGAUGUGCACCCAUCGCUUUUUGACGUCCCUACCGCCUCAAGAGCUCUUCUUCCACUCUAUGGCUGGCCGAGAUGGCUUAGUUGAUACCGCGGUGAAAACCAGCCGAUCUGGUUACCUCCAGCGUUCCGCUAUCAAACAUUUAGAGGAUCUGAGCAUACAGUAUGAUGGUACGGUGCGUGAUUCCGGAAAUAACGUUAUCCAAUUUCACUAUGGUGACGAUGGUGUAGACGUUUGUCAGGCAAGUUUUUUGCAAUCAGCUGGACUACAUCUGUUUGCCGACAACGCUGCACUUUUGAGUAUGCGCUGGUAUUCGUCAAACGGAUUGAACCACUCCAUAGGACAUCAGCACCUGCUUGGACCGAAUGCAUUGCCACGGCCAUUGCAGCAAAUUGCGGACCAGGUGGGAACGGAACGUCAGAUGCUGCUGAUGAAGUCACCAUCGGAGCACAAGAUUGCCAAGUUGUUUCGAAAAGCCCGUCGAGCUGAACGUUCUUUUGCUGAGACUGUCAAACAACAGAAGCAGCUAUCAUCAAUGGAACUUUUGAAUGCUGAUCUCCCCGACCCACCGUGCGUGGUGGCAUCGGCCCUGCGUGAAUUAUGUCUUGCUAAGUUGAUUAGCGCUCAAGUACCACCAGGUGAGCCUGUCGGCUUGCUAGCAGCCCAGUCAGUCGGUGAACCGUCCACACAAAUGACACUGAACACGUUUCACUUUGCUGGUCGCGGAGAGAUGAACGUGACCUUGGGGAUCCCGCGGCUUCGGGAGAUUCUGAUGUCUGGUUCCCCCCAUAUCAGUACUCCCUGUAUGGAAGUUCCAGUUCGUUCAACAAAUGAAGCGCGCCGUCGCUGUAUUCGAGUUGCGAAGCGCAUGUACAAACUCAAGCUGUUGGAGGCUAUCCGCCGCCGUCGAUUGGAAGCCGAAGCCGAAGAGGGUGGGCCGAUGGGUCGAGAUCAAGUGAUUGAUCUGGACGAGGUUGUGGAAUUAAAGUUGGACGGCGAUGAAGAUGACGAAGCAGCUGAGCUUCGUGAACUCGGAAUGGAUCCCGAACGACUGAAAGAGGAUGAUGGUAACUCGGACAAGGACGAGGAUGAUCAGUGGGAUGUUGAUGGGAAUAAAACGGGCACUGAUAAAAGUUGUAUGGAAAGAAGGGAAACUGAGACAAAGACUAUGGAUCCAACCACUUGGGACGCUUCGUUGCAAGCUGCUGUGGAGGUGGACGAUCAAGACGAGCAAGAAUUAGUACCGGAUAACGAAGCUAAAGUAGAUGAGGAGGACGAAGAAUUCGAAUUAGAAAGUCGUAGGACAGCGAUACACUUUCCUAUUGGGGAAACGGUGGACUAUGCAUCCGAUUCGUGCACUCUGGAGAUCCGGUUACAGCCUGCGUCGGCCUACUCAGAGCGUAGUCACGUGCGACCCUCGCGCGUCCUACGCUUCCUUGAACGGAUUUUGUUCCCUGAUUUGGCUAAACGACUAGAUCGAGAGCUAAAGGAUCAGGGGAAAACCACGCUUAUCCGUAGUUUUGCUCUGACAGCAUUAGCGCGUCAGCAGCAAACCGCCGGUAGAGCAGGGGCCGAAGGACCUGGGACGGCAGAUGAGGAUGAGGAAGGCGCUGAAAGGGAGGGUGGCAACCUGAGUGCUUGGAAGAGUUCUCGGGCACGUGACGAAUGGAACGAAGAUGAUGGUCAUGAGGCUAUCCGCCGCCGUCGAUUGGAAGCCGAAGCCGAAGAGGGUGGGCCGAUGGGUCGUGAUCAAGUGAUUGAUCUGGACGAGGUUGUGGAAUUAAAGUUGGACGGCGAUGAAGAUGACGAAGCAGCUGAGCUUCGUGAACUCGGAAUGGAUCCUGAACCUUUGGGUGGCAUGGCAUUUAGGCACCGAAAUGGUGUUAAAGCUGAACGAUUUUUGUCAUACUACAGAAGGUUUGGAACGAAAACAAAAUACCACUCGAACGGAGCUCCUCGGUCGCCAUCCCACUCUUCAAAAAGGGCACAAGAACUUCAUGCGAAAACUAUCGUGGCAUCAGCCUGGCAUCCAUCCCGUCUAGGUGGUGUAAGACAAGGCUGUUCUCAAUCACUUUUGCUCUUCAAAUUUGUUCUUGAUGUGGUGCACGAAAUUUCUCUGCUUGCCUCUGAGUAUGCGGAGUAUACUGCCCUCCUCAGUUCAGAUCCAUAA